AUGAACCACCCAUACCAGCUGACGCAAUUCCACUUUCACACUCCCAGCGAGCACCGGGUCGAUCAAGAGUACUUCCCCUUCAAUUCGUCUUCCAUGACAAGCAACCUCGCCGUGGUUGCGUUCCUCUUCCAGCUCGCCGAGUCGGACAUCACAUUUCCUCUUUUCGAUUCCGUCUUCGCUCAUCUCGACGAGGUCACAGCCCCCGAGACCUCCACCGAAACCGGCUCCCUGGACUUCACGCAACUGACGGGACAUCUCGAUAGUCACCGGGCUUGCCAAUAUACCGGCUCUUUCGCCACUUCCCCGUGUACCGAGGUGUCAUUUGGUUUAUCAGCACCGAGCCGUUGCCGUUGA